AUGAAUGCCAGUCAGCCGCCUCCUGGUGAGUAUUUCCACCUCCUUUCUCUUUGAUUCAGUGAUUCAGGCGGCGGAGGUCGAUUGCCGGAUGAGGUGUACAGGAAGAUCACGGCUGUCGAUCAGGGCCAGAGCACGUUGACACAGUCCGGAGUGCAGGGACUCAGUGCUCGAAUCCUCAGCGCGUGAGUCUUUUUUUCUCAAAUCAAUCUUCACUUUGCCAGGUUUUCAGCGAACCCCAUGGCGAUUUGGUCUUCCAAUUGGUCGAAAUCAUCAAGAAACCAGGACAGUCUCUCGGAUUAUACCUGAGAGAAGGGAAUGGAAAAGACAGGUCGGACGGAGUGUUCGUAUCAAGAUUCGGCGAUAACUCCGAACUGGCAAGGCAAGUAUUCACAAUUAUCUGAACUUCUAACGGUUUCAUUGAAGGUAUGGAGAGGUUAUGCGACCUGGAGAUGAGAUUUUGACCAUCAACAACGUGGAAGUGUCCAUGAUGAGCAUUGACGACGUAGUUCUGAUUCUGAGUAUUCCGAGAAGACUUCUUCUCAGGAUACGGUCAGUUGCCGGCUUAGAUUUGCUCAACACUCCCUGUUUUCAGAUUUUCAAAGUCAAUGCGCCACGAGGUAGUGUCAAGUAGAUUAAGUGAAAGGCCCGUUGUUGUGUUCCAUAAGGUAUUCAAAAGUGUAGAAUACUUUCUCAAUCUGUUUUUCAGUUUCCAAAUGAGGAACGACGGGACAGUGAGUCGAAUGCGAAUGCUCCGAUCCUUUCCCAGCCCACUUCAACCGCCAACACUUGGCUCGGAAAGAAGAGUCGCCAGCAAGUGGAGGUCAGUUAUUCUUUUCCGAAACUUUCUCUCUCUCUUUUUCUCUUUCUCUUUCUCGUCAAAACAUUCGAAUUCUCUUCCAAACUUCGUCCAAGAGCAUCCGCGCGUCUCCUCCCUCAGAAAAUGAUAAAUGUGCGUCGAGACAAACCGCGGACUCCCUCUUUUCUCAUUGUUGUUCUGCGUUUGGAAGUUGAGAUGCGGGCGGGACGGAAGGGUCACUUGGGAAAGGACGGAUGACACGAGAGACGGAAAACACAAAAAAUCUGCAAUUGGGUUCGGAAUUGCUCUCCCGGAUCUGCUUCAGUAAUUCGAACCGCUGCCCUCAAAGGACGUCUGCCAGUCUGUGUGUCUCCCGAUUGAAGACGAUAAAAUGACGGACUCAGUUUGAAGAACGACGCCGGAAACCAGUACUAAUGAAGAUUCCAGUCUCUAUCCGAAUGCUUUCCGAUUCAUGAAUAAUCUGUGCAGAAAGUGCAUGAGAACCAUCACAUAUUCAACCUCUUCUCGCUCGUCCCUUUUAUUCGCCUUCUUUUCUGCUCUAUCAGAGUGCCGAAAACGUCUUCUCCUCAUCGGAAAUUCAGGCCCGUGUGUGGGGCGUUUCGUCACGGCGGUUUCGGCCACGUCUUCUCCCUCUGCUUCUCCCUCUUCCCGCCCAUUUCAUUCAGUUUCUCGCACCCACCACAUAUCCCAUUCGGCACCCCGAUUUUAUGACACACACACACACACAGCCAGCCGCACGAGGUGCCGAAUAAAUUGGAUUCGUUUCUCCGCCAUCUCUGUUCUGACUGCUUAGUUCAGAUUGAUUCCCAUCAGAAGAUGCUACAAAAAAAGAGAACAAGAGACGGCGUUGGAGUCAAGUAUUGGGAGCCAAAUUGCGAUGUGGGAAAAGUGGCAGGAAAACAGGGACCCGAAGUCUUUUCCCGUCUCUCUCUCCCUCUCUCGCUCUUUCUCCGCCCCUUCUGUUCCUUCUUUUUUGUGCUCAAAACGUCGUCGUCGUGCCGCUUUUCGUCUAUUGAUCGUUCACUUAUCUGCCCGUGACGGCUCCUUUCCCUCCCACCUUGAUGCCUUUCCAAUCUUUUCAAAUCAAUUCCUUCAGGAGAUGCGCAACGCCUCGACGUCCUCCGGAAUUCGAGUUCCGCCGGGCUCCUCCCCUCGAUCCCAGUACAAUCCGAGACAUCUCAACGGACAUUCUCAUCCCAUCGGCGCAGGAACCACUCCCUCCGUCUCGAACGAACAUCAUUAUCAAAGGUUUUUCGCAUUUCCCAUUCUUCCCGCGCAUCCUUUUCUUCUCUCUUUGAUGGCAAAAAGCGAGACGGAAACGCUUUUCGGUUGAAUUUGAGAAGCUUCUUCUGACGUUCAAGAGUAUCGAAUGGCUACUUUCAGAUUCGCCUCAGAGCCAUCCGAUUCAGUUUCGCGGACCGCCCGUCUCCCUCCCCCACGACUGGCUUCCGCAACUGUUCGGCGAACGGAGAGCUUCAACUCGGCUCCGGGAGUCUCGACGGUUUAUUUCUCGUGUUUGCAUUUCAAUCAAUUUGUUUUCAUUCCAGAAGACUCCAAUGUACACUCUGCCGCGCUCGUCGACUGCCGUUCCUCCUCCGGAUAUGAUGACUCCGCGAGCAAUUCCACACUCGGCACGAGAUCCUCUCAUGCGCACCGAUCUUCCCUACGAUCCUCUGACUGGCCGUAUGUCUUCUUCAGUGCCCACAGACCCGUUAUUAUCUCGCUCCUUGUGCUCCCCAAUUAUGCCACGAGCCCUGCGUCAGCCGAACGAUAGUAACAAGAGCAACUCGCUGCCGAGACGAAGGCUGAUGUCUGGUCAGUUUGCACUUUUCUCUAUUCGUCAUCAUAGUGAUAUUAAAGGAGGCCGAAACGUGAAAUGGCGGAACGACGUCGUCUCCACUUCCGAUCUUUGCGGCGACGAGAGCGACGGUGCGAUAUCUGCUCCCGAGUACUCUUCUCCGCCAUUCUCCCGACUAACCCAACGUAAGUAAUCGUCCGUUUCCGCUGAGCUAAUUAGCGCUGACAAGUUGUCACACCUCUCGCCAAACGGCGGCUAUUCGCCAUUCCUUGUUUUCCUCUUGUCAAAUUAUCGCAUCGACGAGAGAGUCGUCCGCUCAGAAAGACGCAGACAAAGUGCAUUAGAGGCACUGAAACAAGCGCGGAAAGAAAAGCACGCGCAGAGCUUCAAGCAUAAGAAUGUGACUACAAUGGAACAAAUGGAGCAGAAAAUAUUCCAAGAUUCUUGAAAAGGGAGACUCCAACUCAAUUGUUUUCAGAGCAGCAGUUUCGGUUGUCAAACGGAAGUCCCGGACGGACGGUAAACGACAUCUUCUCGGCCGCAGAAUACCGUAAUUGGGCCGGGCCGUAUGAUCCGAGAGGUGUUUACGGUCCCCUUCCGCCAGGACAAAGAGCAACCCGAUGGUCCCACACGUACGGGGAACAGAGAGCGCCGAGGACGGCGUCACUGCCCGAACGGACUAUUCUUGCUCAGAGUCUCGUUGGCAGUCCCGUCUUGCCGCGCCACCCACCACCGAUGGCACAGGAACGACCGUCUGCUGUAUUCGACAGAUACCACGUGUCUCCGUUGAUGAACAGAAGGGCGCCACUCCGAGCAGCGGGACCUGGAAUCAAUGUGGAUCGACUGAGCGUGAGCAGUUUGACUGGCAUCCUCUACGUACAGAUAAUCGAGGGAAGAGGGCUCAAGAUCCCGGAUAAGCAGAAAGGAUUGACGGAGGAGAUGUACUGUGUGCUUGAGGUGAGGAUGAGAGAAUUGUGUUCAGAACUGAUAAAUGUACGGUUUCAGGUGGAUGAGCAACAUCGUGCACGCACGGGAGUGUCGACUGUCGAUAUGAAGUUCAGAUGGAGAGAGACAUUCCACAUUGACGUCGUCAAUGCCACCGUUGCCAACUUCUUCGUUUACUCUUGGCACCCUCAGUUUCGACAUCGGUUCUGCCACAAAGGAUCACUGGAACUGAUGCACGCGUUUGUGGUUGACCAGCUCAAUGGGGACAGGAUGUUUGCAUUGAAUCUGGAGCCACGUGGACAGCUCAUCGUGCGGAUUGGAUUUCAUGAUUUGCAAGCAAUAUUCAGAAGAACAGUCAAUCCGAGACUCGACGGCGUAUACGGAGUACCCUUGUCUCGAGUGAUCCAUCGGGAAAGAAGAGAAACUCCAAUUGUGCUCACGAGACUAAUCCAGGAAAUCGAGAAGAGAGGAGUUGACUACAGCGGUCUCUAUGUUUGUAAGUAACUGUUUCUCUUUCUCAGUUCAGCAAUUAUCAUUUCCAUUUUCAGUGUGCGGUUCUGUUGAAAGAAACAAGUGCUCCGCAAUCAACUAGAGCAGAAUCCGCUUGGCACUGAGCUCUCCAUCGACACGAUCCCGGAUACGAAUGUGCUCGCCUGUCUUGUUAAAGAUUUCCUCCGCGAACUUCCGGAACCUCUGGUGUCUCCACAGAUCCACGCAAUGCUCAUCGAAGCAGCCUCCGUUGCUCUGCCCAAUGACAUCCAAGCGAAUCGGGCACUCGUUCUGAAGAUCAUCGACUGUCUGCAGUUGUCCGCGAAGAACUGUCUUCUGCUCGUGCUCGACCAUCUCAGCUCGAUCCUCUCUUCCUCUCCGCACAACGGACUGACGCCCUCCCGACUCUCUCUGGUCCGUUCUUUCUUCUCUUUCCCUCUCUCUCUCUCUCUCUCUCUUCCAACAACUCCCAUCCUUUUUCAGAUAUUCGCUCCGCUCCUCUUCUGCUGUCUGGACACAAUGUCCCCGUACGCAGUCUCCCCCACAUCCAAACAGAGUGCCGUCCGGACUUUGGAUGUAAAUCAGGCUUCCUCAAGUCUCCAGAUGAUCCUCUCGAUCUGGCCCUCAAGAGUUAGUGAGUUGGUCGAGUUCUUUCCUUUUCUAUUUCACUUUCCUAUGUCAGUGGCACUCAAGAGACACGUGUUUCCUUUCCUAUCGCACGUUCAUUCUGAUUCUCCUGAAAUGGUCUUUAGAUCUUUAGAUCUGCACGAGUAAAAAGCAUGGAGCACACAUGAACGAUUGAGUCAACCACACUUGAUAGCUAGCACAUUAAAUGGAUCAAAUUGUAUCAAAUCAGAGCAAUUUCAGACAGCGAGAGCGGAUCAGAUAGUUCGGCCACGACAUGUCAGAAAGGAGGCUUCAUCUCCUAUGUCUCGGAAUCGCAGUGCUGA